GUUGCGGGAGGGGGAGGGGAGAGCACCAAGGGGCGGGGCCGCGGGCUGGGACCUGUUGAACGCAGGUAGCUUUUCCCCGGCCGGGCUCCCUCGGGACCAGGCGACUGCGCAUGCUCGCCGGCAGCUCUGGGCCGGGAGCCGAGCGCCGGUGACGAACCGGCUCCGGGCUUCGCGGUGGUUGCGGGUGCUGCGAUGGCGAUGUGAGCGGGCCCGGGGCGGGAUGGUGCGGACCUGGGUAAGGACGCCUUCCAGCCGGACGCCGAGCUCCUCCCUCAUACAGGCGCCAACCGAGGCCGUGCGGGUUGAGAGGGUUGAAGACCAACUGGAUUAUGUAUUUCAUUCUGGAAUCUCACAGCAGCCUACAAACAAUAAGUUCUUCCUUGUGUUAUCUAUGCCAGGGGGCACAAUAUAUUUUUAACAACAAGAAUCAGUAACUGGAAAUACAAGGUUCGUUAUUUAAUAAUGUAAAAUGAAGAUCUGAUCAGCAGAGGUGCUGUUACCAGAUUUGUUCUCUGAGUAUAAAUUAAAAAUGACUGAAGUACAAGCAAUGGUAGAAUUCUCCGUGGAGCUAAACAAGUUCUACAACGUGGACUUAUUCCAAAGAGGUUUUUACCAAAUACGUGCAUCGAUGAAAAUACCACCAAGAAUUCCCCACAGAGUAGAAGCCAGUUUGUUAUGUGCAACAGGCAUGACGUUAGCCUUUCCAGCUUCAGUUCAUGAUGCUCUAGUUUGCAGCAAAACAUUUCAGAUCCUAUAUAAAAAUGAAGAAGUUGUUUUAAAUGAUGUCAUGAUCUUCAAAGUUAAAAUGCUGUUGGAUGAAAGAAAGAUUGAAGAAACCCUUGAAGAAAUAAGUUUUUUGUUAUCCUUGGAUCUACAUUUCACAGAUGGAGACUAUUCGGCAGAUGAUCUGAAUGCCUUACAACUAAUAAGCAGUCGGACACUGAAGCUGCACUAUAGCAUCUGUAGAGGCCUUCAUCACCACGCGAAUGUCAUGUUUGAUUAUUUCCACCUUUCUGUGGUGUCCGUUACAGUCCACGCAUCAUUGGUUGCACUACACCAGCCACUAAUAAGCUUUCCUCGUCCUGUGAAGACUACUUGGUUAAAUAGAAAUGCACCAGCACAAAGUAAAGACUCAGCGAUUCCUACUCUGGAAAGUGUAGUCUUUGGUAUUAACUACACAAAACAGUUAUCACCAGAUGGCUGUAAGUUCCUCAUUGCAGAGUCCUUCCUACACCACGCCUAUCGUUUUCAUUACACACUUUGUGCUACUUUGCUGCUAGCCUUCAAGGGAUUGCACAGCUACUUCAUUACGGUAACAGAAGAGAUUCCCUCUUGUCAGAAACUAGACCUGGCCAAGGCCAGCAUGCAGGUCCUAUAUGAGCGCCUCCUCAGAAGAACACAGCCAAGAACUCAGAACGACACGUGUCUAGAGGAAAUGGAUGUAGAAGCUCGUCUUACUGAACUGUGUGAAGAAGUUAAGAAAGUAGAAAACCCCGAUGAACUGGCAGAACUGAUCAACAUGAACCUUGCACAGCUUUGCUCCCUUCUCAUGGCUUUAUGGGGACAGUUUCUGGAAGCUAUAACCCUGCAUGAAGAAUUAAGAGUGCUAUUAGCACAGGAACACCAUACUUUGAGGGUUCGCAGAUUUUCGGAGGCAUUCUUCUGUUUUGAACAUCCAAGAGAAGCUGCCAUUGCCUACCAAGAACUCCAUGCUCAGAGUCAUCUACAGAUGUGCACCGCUAUCAAAAACACUUCCUUCUGCAGCUCUCUUCCACCCCUACCUAUUGAAUGUAGUGAAUUAGAUGGAGAUCUCAAUUCAUUACCUAUAAUCUUUGAAGAUAGGUAUUUAGAUUCAGUUAUUGAAGACUUAGAUGCGCCCUGGAUGGGAAUUCAAAGUCUUCAGAUAUCAGAGGCCAGUAAAAUGGAUAAACAUGAGACUGAAGAAAGCUCUGUAGCAGGACUUUCUAGCCCAGAGUUGAAGGUCAGACCUGCUGUUGCCUCCAGUAAUUGCUAUACAGAAGGUGAAAAGCAGCUAACAAAAUCUCUGAAAGGAAAGAAUGAAGAAUCAAAUAAAUCCAAGGUUAAGGUCACUAAGCUCAUGAAAACAAUGAAACCAGAAAACACAAAAAAGUUAAUAAAACAGAACUCUAAAGAUUCUGUGGUUUUAGUAAGCUACAAAUGUUUGAAAACUACAGCAUCAAGUGAUCUCACUAAAUGCUUUGAAGGCAAUCCUUCACAUAGUCAGAAGGAAAGUCUGGAUCCCACAAUGUGUAGAGAUAAUUUUGACCCAAAGAGCUACAUCAGACAGCCAAGUCAAAAGGAAGCUAGCUCUUUGUCAGCUAAUACAGACAGAACUGAACACAAGUCUCCAGAUACUGAAAAUAUGCAACCAGACCAGUUUGAUCUCUUGAACUCUGGCAGCCUAAAUCUUUGUGCAAAUUUGUCCAUUUCAGGUAAACUUGCUAUUUCCCAUGACGAUAGUGAUAUCCCAGAUACGGAACAAAAUCUGGCAUCUAGAAGUCCAUCAGAUGAUUGCCAUGACUAUCAGACAACCCCGUCGUCAGGAGUUAGAGCACUUGAAGUCAAGUCCAGCAGUAAAGAGUCUUUCAGUAGAGAGAAAAUAAAUGUUGAAAUAGGACCUUGGACAGAGCUUCGAGAAGAUGAACUAUUUGUGGAUAAUUUACUGCCCAGUUUUGAGGCCUUAGACUCUAAUGAUAAAUCCAAGUCUAUAGAUAUACCACUUGAAAAGGAUGCUUUACAGGAAGCAAAAUGUCAUUCUACUGAAGAAUCAUUAACUACAUUCAAAAGUAAUCUACCUGCUCCUUCUACAAAAGAAUAUCAUGUUGUAGUAAGUAGCGACACAAUUAAAUUACCAGAUACUAAUGCCAUGUAUGCCUCCUCUAGAUUUUCAGAUUCAGGUGUUGAAAGUGAACCAAGUUCUUUUGCAACACACCCAAAUCCAGAAAUAGCCUUUGAAACGCUCCAAGGACCAGGUCCUUGCAAUAAUGAAAGAUUAUUUCCUCAGCUUUUGAUGAAGCCUGAUCACAAUGUAAAAUUUUCAUUAGGAAGUCAUUGCACUGAGAGCACAAGUGCAUUAAGUGAAAUACAGUCAUCUUUGACGUCAAUAAACUCCCUGCCUUCUGAUGAUGAACUGUCACCUGAUGAUAACUGUAAGAAACCUGCUGUACCUGACUGUCAUCUAAGUGAUAGUAAAACUGUAUUCAAUCUAGGAACAAUGGACCUGCCAAAGUACGACGAUACUAAAAAGUCAAGUAUUAUUUUGCAACAACAAUGUGUUGUUUUUUCAGGGCAUUUGGACGAUGAUACAUCAGCAGUGCAUUCCUUAGAUUUAAGCAGUGAGAACCCUUUGCAGCUUGUUUUAUCGGGUGAAGAUGCUUCCAGUGGUGUGAGAAAUAACUGGGGCUCCAAGCCUCAUUUGGACACCGUCUUGACAGGCUCCCAGAGCCAUGGUUCCUCUAGUAACAGCCCCACGGACACAGUGCCAACACUAAAUCCAAAACUGAUUUGCUUAGGUUCUUCUUGUGUGGUUUCAGGUUCUGUUUGCUCUGAUGCAGAGCUCAGUGAGGAUAGAGCUGUGGAAGGAAAAAGCAGUGAGCCAUUAAGUUACAAACAGAUGUGUUCAGAAGCCCCUGUUGUUGGCAGUGACCCUCUGAGUACAGGUGACUCUCUUUCCAGUAGUACUGACGUGGUAAAACAAGGGCUGGUGGAAAAUUACUUUGGAUCUCAGAGCAGUACAGAUGUUUCUGAUGUAUGUGCUGUUACCUCCCACAGCCCAGUUCGCUCUCAGGAAACCUGUGACAAAGGGACUAGUGAUCUUCAUCAGGGUCAGGGCAAAGAGGAGGAGGAGGAUCAAGAAAUGGUUCAAAAUGGGUAUCAUGAAGAAACAGAGUUUUCAGUUAUGGAUGGAACAGUAAAUGUUCACUGUCUAAGUGGAGAUGAGCUAGGAGAAGAAAGACAUGAACAGUCUGAAAAACUAAGCAGUGGCUAUCUGAGGGCUGGUGUAACUGUUCCUGCUGUUUGUACGUCUGGUUGUUUGUCCUUCCCAUCUGCUCCGCGAGAGUCUCCUUGUGUUAAAUAUUCUUCUAGAAGUAAAGUUGAUGCCAUUACAAAGCAGCCAAGCAGCAUUUCUUACAGCUUCACCUCUUCAACCUCCUGGUAUGAAAAUUCACCAAAACCUCAAAUACACGCCUUCCUCCAGGCAAAAGAAGAGUUGAAGCAGCUUAAACUGCCUGGCUUCAUGUACAGUGACGUUCCUCUGCUGGCGUCCUCAGCCCCAUACUUCAGCAUGGAAGAAGAGGAUGGUUCUGAGGAUGGCGUGCAUCUCAUCGUCUGUGUCCAUGGUCUAGAUGGAAACAGUGCAGAUCUCCGACUAGUAAAAACAUACAUUGAACUUGGACUGCCUGGGGGAAGAGUUGAUUUUCUUAUGUCUGAGAGAAACCAGAAUGAUACUUUUGCUGAUUUUGACUGCAUGACUGACCGCCUUUUGGAUGAGAUCAUACAGUAUAUUCAGAUAUAUAGUUUAACAGUCUCAAAAAUAAGCUUUAUUGGACAUUCAUUAGGCAAUUUAAUAAUCCGUUCAGUGCUUACAAGGCCAAGGUUUAAGUAUUACCUCAGCAAACUUCAUACCUUCCUCUCUCUUUCUGGACCUCACCUCGGUACACUCUACAACAGCAGUGCUCUCGUCAAUACAGGUCUCUGGUUUAUGCAGAAAUGGAAAAAAUCAGGUUCUCUUUUACAGCUGACAUGUCGAGAUCAUUCAGAUCCUCGCCAAACAUUUUUGUAUAAGCUUAGUAAUAAAGCAGGGCUUCAUUAUUUCAAGAACGUUGUGCUGGUCGGAUCUCUGCAGGAUCGCUAUGUUCCUUAUCAUUCUGCCCGCAUCGAAAUGUGUAAAACAGCUUUAAAGGACAAGCAGUCAGGACAAAUCUAUUCCGAGAUGAUCCACAAUUUGCUUCGCCCAGUUCUACAAAGCAAAGGCUGUAAUUUGGUUCGAUACAAUGUCAUUAAUGCACUGCCCAACACGGCCGAUUCGCUCAUUGGGAGAGCUGCACACAUAGCUGUUCUUGAUUCUGAGAUAUUUUUAGAGAAGUUUUUCCUGGUUGCUGCCCUCAAAUAUUUUCAAUAGGACUGAAGCAUCAUUAGAGACUUACCAAUUACCUCAUUCAGCAAUGAUUUAAAUAAUGUAUUAUAGUUGUGUAGAUGCUAAGUUUAUCACAUAUUUAUACCUUUUUAUAUGGAAGAUAAUUUAUAUCAUCCAUGUGUAGAGCCUUUUAAACAUCAACUUUACUUUCUAGGUAAUGUGGCUGUGCAAUAUUUUUUUAAUUUUAUCUUUUUACUUUUCUAUUUUUCAUAUAUUUUGCUACCUAAGUGUUUCAGUGACCCUUGUGCCGGUGUGUGUCUGAUCAUUUAUUAUUGGCUUCCACGAUCCUUAUUCAGACUGUAUCACAUUAAUGGCUGCCAUUGCUAGAAUAGAAUAGUAUUUUAAAUUCUCUAAUGUGGGGCUUUUAGUAGACAAUAAAUUUUUCUUUUAACACUUAAUUCUGUUUUAACUGGAAGUAAAAUAAUGGCUGCUAGAAUGUAUUUUUGAAAUCAACUUGUUUAAUCCUAAGAUAUUAAAUUUACAUUUGAUCAAACCAGGUGGUUCAUACAUGCCAAUGUUUUAAAGGUUUUCUAUAAAAUCAUAUUGUUGCUAUUAAACAUGUGUCAUGCUUAUUAAAAUAUAUUUUUACUGGUAAUUUCAACAUUAUUUCUCAUAUUGACUUUUAUUACUGGAACUUUUCUUGUUCAUUACGAGCUUAUACAGAUUUUUGAAUGCCCGCUGCCUUGAUUUGGUUGGAAUUUUGUUAAACUUAGUAAUGUUGCUUGAACUUUCUCACAGCAGCUCUGUAACCCAUUUCAUAGAGUUCCUUGUAUAUAAUAAUUAAAUGUUGAAAUUUAUGAAGUACUUUUAUGAAUUUAGAUAAUUUUUAGAUACUAUUAAAAUUUAUCAGGCUAAAAAAUCAUGUAAAUCGAAUAUUCAGUAUAAAAUUGAGAGAUGAUUAACUUUAUGUGUUUGGUAGUACAGAUGCAGAUGUUUUUGAUAUAUGGAGAUAUUGAGUCUUUACAAAAGGUGCUUAUUAGCAUUAAAUUCACUAUUUUUCCUCCUGUUUUACUUGUGAAAACAGUAAUGCACUGCGGGUGGGUGGGAAGGUCUGUUUCCACUCACCGGUUGUUGUGGGCAAAGAGUUGUUGAGUCUGUGUCAUGUACAAUUGGUGCAUGUUUAUUUUUAGUAUCGUGUUAAUUGCCUCUGGUGUUAAUAAAUGAGCAAAUGCCUUUCUGGAGGGAUAGCAA